CUCACGUGGGGCAGGCGGCGCGGCGGAUGUGCAGGAGGCUCCGCGCGGUGCCCGGAUGCCCAGGGUUUAGGAGCGUGUACAGGCAGGACACUGUGGGCAAACAUUGACAGAGUGAGUGGAUUCAUCAGGACCUGAGUUCUGCCGGUCUUUGGCCAUGGAAGGAGAUCCAAGUGUGGAGGGGCCCCACAUUUGUUCGGUGUGUGGCCUGAGCUUCAACGGACUGGCCGAGGUAGAGGGUCACAUGACCAUGCACGCCAAGGAGAAGCGCUAUGAGUGCGACGUGUGCGGCAAGGCCUGGCUCUACCCGUGCCUGCUGGAGACCCAUCGCCGGGUCCACACCGGCGAGCGGCCCUUCACCUGCUCCGAGUGCGGCAAGGGCUUCACCCGCUACGACAGCCUCCUGAGACACUAUCGGGUCCACUCCGGCGAGAGGCCGUUCAAUUGUUCCGACUGUGGGAAGGGCUUUAAAACGGCCCAGGAUCUGAAGAUACACCGAAGGGUGCACACCGGGGAGAGGCCGUUCACCUGCUCAGUCUGCGGGAAGGGCUUUGCUCAGUCCUCCGGCCUGCUGAGGCACCAGCGGGUCCACUCCGGCGAGCGGCCCUUUCAGUGCUCCGACUGCGGCAAGAGCUUCAAGACCUCUCCAGACCUGAAGGUGCACUGGCGGCUUCACACCGGCGAGCGGCCCUUCAUCUGCAUGGAUUGUGGGAAGGGAUUCACCCGCUCCAACAGCCUGCUGGAGCACCAGCGCAUCCACACCGGCGAGCGGCCCUUCACCUGCUUCCAGUGCGGCAAGGGUUUCACCCACUCCUCCAAGCUGCUCAGCCACCAACGGGUCCACACCGGCGAGCGGCCCUUCACGUGCCCCAUCUGCGGGGAGCGGUUCACCCUUGCCUCCCACGCCCUGGCCCACCAGCGGGUCCACACCGACGAGCGCCCCUUCGAUUGCCCUUUCUGUGGCAAAAGCUUCAAGACCACCCAGGACCUCAAGGAGCACCGGCGGGCCCACAACGGCGAGCGGCUCUUCAAGUGCUCCCACUGCGGCAAGAAGUUCAAGACCCCACGGGGCCUGAAGGAGCACCAGCGGGUGCACACGGGCGAGCGCCCCUUUGUCUGCUCUGAGUGCGGCAAGGGCUUCACCCGUAUGUCCAGCCUGUGGCAGCACCGGCGCAUCCACAGCGGGGAGCGGCCCUUUCCCUGUGCCAUCUGCGGCAAGGGCUUCACCCGCUUGGAUCACCUACUGGAACACCGGAGGGUGCACACUGGGGAAAAGCCCUUCACCUGCCCCGUUUGUGAGAAGGCCUUCGCCCGCUCCUCCAGCCUGCUGGCCCACCGCACCGUCCACACCGGCGAGAAGCCCUUCACCUGCCCUGUGUGCGGCGAGCGCUUCGCCCGCUCCUCCAGCCUGCUGGCCCACCGGCGGGUCCACACUGACGAGAAGCCCUUCAAGUGCUCUGUCUGCAGGAGCGGCUUUAAAACCUCGCGGGACCUGAAGGAGCAUCGGCGGGUCCACACCGGCGAGCGCCCCUUCACCUGCCCCGAGUGCGGCAAGGGAUUCGUCCAGUCCUCCCACCUGAUGGAGCACAGGAGGAUACACAGUGGCGAGCGCCCCUUCACCUGCCCCGUGUGCGGCCGCGGCUUCACCCAGUCCUCCAACCUCCUGCAGCACCAGCGGGUCCACACCGGCGAGCGCCCCUUCGUCUGCCCCGUCUGUGGCAAGGGCUUCACCCACUCCUCCAGCCUCCUGCUCCACCAGCGCAUCCACACUGGGGAGAAGCCCUUCACCUGCUCCGUCUGCGGCAAGGGCUUCAAUCGCUCCUACACCCUGCUGGCGCACCGCACCGUGCACACCGGCGAGCGCCCCUUCACCUGCUCCGAGUGCGGCAAGGGCUUCACUCGCUCGGCCACCCUGCUGGAGCACCAGGCCGUCCACACCAGGGAGAGGCCCUUCUCCUGCCCCGACUGCGGUAAGGGCUUCGCCCGCUCCUCCAGCCUGCUGACCCACCGUGCCACGCACAGCAGCGAGAAGCCUUUCGCCUGCCCGAGUGCGGCAAGGGAUUCAGCCGCUCCUCCGGCCUCCUGGAGCACCAGACCGUCCACGCGAGGGAGAAGCCCUUCACCUGCUCAGAGUGCGGCAAGGGCUUCACGCGGUCGGCCAGCCUCCUGGAGCACCAGGCCAUCCACACUGGGGAGAAGCCCUUCACCUGCUCGGAGUGCGGCAAGGGCUUCACCCGCUCGGCUACCCUGCUGCAGCACCAGGCCUUCCAUACCGGGGAGAGACCCUUCACCUGCUCCGAGUGUGGCAAGGGAUACUCCCUCGUGCGGCGUCGGAAAUCGUCCAGUGGUUUCAAUGUCAAGUGCUCUGGCGUUUCAACCCGCGACGUGCUGCCCCGAUUCGAGUCGCAGGACCUCGCUCCGCCGUGACGCGUCUCCAACGUGUUCCCGGGAGAAACGGCGGAGAGGACGGUCUGGAGAGGGGCCAUUCGGUCCGUCGGGGCUAGCACAUGGCCGGCCGCUGGCGGGAGUCGUUGGCCGUCACGUGACGGGCGAGUCCGUUAAAGACCGACGGCCGCAGCUCGCGGGGGCGGCCUCUGAUUGGACGGUCCGCCGGCACGUGACGGGAGCGGCGUUUGACAUCAGUGCAUCAGGCAUUGAGAGCGGCCUCCGACACCGCGCCCUGUGGCCAGCUGCACUCAUCGCGUACCUGCCUCCAUGCCACAGUCCCCGAGCGGGCGUCCAUCACCUCGGUGGGAUUGGGGCACUUCCGGACUCGAACCCUGUACUUUACAUGUAUAUCUUAGGCGGGUCAGGUGUCCAAGGCGAGCCGACCCGUUCGGUCUUCGCAGUCGGGCAGAGACCCGCUGCUCACAGCAAGGGCCCGUAUGCGUACCGAGGGCAGAAAGACUCUGUGAGGAUUCUCCUGGACGCCCUUCCAGCUCGCUCACGUGAUUCUCGUAUCGGCCAAUCAGGCUCUCCACCAGGCGGGGCGGGUCCUCCAAUCAGCACCGCCGACCCCGCCGCUGCCCCGGGGCUUGUGCGCGGAGUGGUGGCGGGGGGUGUCCCACAGGUUGUGACGUCAGAGGACCGGGUCACGUGCCGGGCUGCGGACUGCAAGUGCAGCACUUACAGCAGACAAAUGAUGAAGCAACGUGAAUCAUCGGGGCCGGACUGUCAUCGAGGUUUGUCCUUGGAUGGAGAGAGAGAUGAGCACGGCUUAGAGGAACCCCAAACCUGUUCAGUGUGCGGACUUGGCUUCAGUCGACUGGCCGACAUGGAGUGUCACCCGAGCAGCCACGCCAGGCAGAAACGCUACAAGUGUGACGUGUGUGGCAAGGCCUGGCCUUUCCCUUAUCUGCUGGAGGCCCACCGCCGGGUCCACACCGGUGAGCGGCCGUUUGUCUGCUCCGUCUGUGGAAAAGGGUUUGCCAAGUCCAACAGCCUGCUGGCCCACGGCAUUGUGCACACCGGCGAGCGCCCCUUCACUUGCUCCGUCUGCGACAAGGGCUUCACCCAGUCCUCCAAGCUGCUCAGCCACCAGCGGGUCCACACCGGCGAGCGGCCCUUCGUCUGCCCUGUGUGCGGGGCGCGGUUCACCCUCUCCACCCACGCCCUGGCCCACCAGCGGGUCCACACUGACGAGCGCCCCUUCAGUUGUUCCUUCUGCGGCAAGGGCUUCAAGACGUCCCAGUAUCUGAAGGAGCACCGGCGGGUCCACACAGGGGAGAGGCCCUUCACCUGCCCCGAGUGCGGCAAGGGCUUCACCCGACUCUCCAGCCUGCGGCAGCACCAGCGGGUCCACACCGGGGAGCGGCCCUUCGCCUGUCCCGUCUGCGGCAAGGGCUUCACCCGCUCCUCCAACCUCCUACAGCACCAACGCAUCCACACUGGGGAGAAGCCCUUCACCUGCCCUGAAUGCAGCAAGGGAUUUAGCCGGAUGGAUCACCUGCUCAAACACCAGAGGGCAAGUGGGGAGUGUUCCAACACUCUCUACCCUGUGAAGGCGAGUGGGGAGUGUCACGUCGCUCUCUACGCUGUGAAGGCGAGUGGGGAGUGUCCCGUCGCUCCCUCCGUUGUGAAGGCGAGUGGGGAGUGUCCCAUCGCCCUCCACCCUGUGAAGGCGAGUGGGGAGUGUCCCGUCGCCCUCCACCCUGUGAAGGCGAGUGGGGAGUGUCCCGUCGCCCUCCACCCUGUGAAGGCAAAGCUCGGCUUCUUCCUAGAAAUGGCCGUCCGCUCGUUCGAUUCCGACGAUCAACCACCGACGCCGGCCGGUGCCCCCAUCCUGUUUCUCGCAGUCGUACCUCGAGAAUCCGGCGAUGUUUCCCGCGCCGCUUGCGGGCGGGCGAUCCGUCCAAUCAGAGCCCGGGAUUCCUCCCCGGCAACCGCCCGCGCGCUGCGGCCGUUCGGUUCCAACCGCCGCUCCCGUCACGUGCCGGCGGACCGUCCAAUCAGAGGCCGCCCCCGCGAGCUGCGGCCGUCGGUCUUUAACGGACUCGCCCGUCACGUGACGGCCAACGACUCCCGCCAGCGGCCGGCCAUAUGGCCCCACGUGAUUUGUCCAGCCAUGGCCAUUCCCCUGCCUGCCCGCAGCGACCCCUCUGCCUAUGGGAUCUACCUGUGCAAAGAGCCGCGCUUCAGCUGCGGGCAGUCGGGGAGAGUUAGCGUCACCCUGCUGCUGGCAUCCCAUUGGUCAGACCUCCCGGCUGUAGGCGGGUCCCGCCCGCCCGCCCGUGUCAAUCACUGCGGCGCGGCGGCCGCGUCACGUGGGGCCGGUGACGUCGGUCGGGCCGCGCGUCACGUGGGCGGGAGGUGCUCGGCUGUCGGACGGGCAGGUGGGUGCUCCGACUCACACGUCCGGCCCCGGAGAGCGAGUGCCCCCCCUCUCCCAGCUGUUGCCCGGCCCCGCCACGCACAGGAAGAUCCCGCCGGCGAGGGGGUGGCAACGCGCAGGCGCGGGGAUGGCCCGGGAGACCUGCUCUCCCUCGGCCUUUCACCCAUGGAGGGAGGGAGCCCCGCAGAGGACCUCCACCUCCACUCCGUGUGCGGGCUGGGCUUCAGCCAAUCAGCUGAGGCCGAGAGUCACAUGACCAGCCACGCUAAGGAGGACCGCUAUGAGUGCGACGUGUGCGGCAAGUCCUGGCUCUACCCGUGCCUGCUGGAGGCCCACCGGCGGGUCCACACCGGGGAGAAGCCCUUCGUCUGCCCUGUCUGUGGGAAGGGUUUCACCCAGUCCUGCAACCUCCUGGAGCACCAGCGCACCCACACCGGCGAGCGGCCCUUCACCUGCCCCGUGUGCGGCAAGGGAUUCGCGCAGUCCUCCGGCCUCCUGCAGCACCAGCGCACCCACACCGGCGAGCGGCCUUUCGCCUGCCCUGUCUGUGGGAAGGGCUUCACCCGCCCGUCCAGCCUCCUGGCCCACCGCACCAUCCACACUGGGGAGCGCCCCUUUGCCUGCCCCGUGUGCGGCAAGGGCUUUGCCCGCUCCGACAACCUGCGGGAGCACCGGAGGGUCCAUAGCAGUGAGCGCCCCUUCACCUGCUCCGUCUGCGGCAAGGGCUUCCUCCAGUCCUCUAAGCUGCUCAGCCACCAGCGGGUCCACACUGGCGAGCGGCCCUUCAUCUGUCCCGUCUGCGGGGAGCGGUUCACCCUCUCCUCCCACGCCCUGGCUCACCAGCGGGUCCACACCGAUGAGCGCCCCUUCGCUUGCCCUGACUGCGGCAAGGGCUUCAAGACGUCCCAGUACCUGAAGGAGCAUCGGCGGGUCCACACCGGGGAGAGGCCCUUCAUCUGCCCCGAGUGCGGCAAGGCCUUCGCCCGGACCACCAGCCUGUUGGAGCACCAGGCCGUGCACACCGGCGAGCGCCCCUUCACCUGCGCCGAGUGCGGCAAGGGCUUCACCCAGUCCUCCAGCCUGCGCCGGCACCAGCUCGUCCACACUGGGGACAAGCCCUACACCUGCGCCGAGUGCGGCAAGGGCUUCACCCGCACUUCCAACCUCCUGGAGCACCGCAUGGUCCACGCCCGGGACGAGAUGGUCGGCCGCGGGGAGGGGCUCUCCCCGGCAGACCGCCGGCGGGCUCAGGGCGGCGGGAAGCCCUACUCCUGCCCCAUCUGCAGCAAGGCCUUCGCCCGCUCCUCCAGCUUGCUGGAGCACCAGACUGUCCACACCGGGGACAAGCCCUUCACCUGCUCCGAGUGCGGCAAGGGCUUUACCCGCUCCUCCAGCCUGCUGGCCCACCGGACGGUCCACACCGGCGAGCGCCCCUUCACCUGCCCCGAGUGCGGCAAGGGCUUCACCCAGUCCUCCCACCUCCUGGAGCACAGGAGGAUCCACACCGGUGAGCGCCCCUUCACCUGCCCCAUCUGCCGGAAGGGUUUCACCCAGUCCUGCAACCUCCUGCAGCACCAGAGGGUCCACACCGGCGAGAAGCCUUUCGUCUGCCCCGUGUGCAAGAAGGGCUUCUCGCAGUCCUCCAGCCUCCUGCUCCACCAGCGCAUCCACACUGGGGAGAAGCCCUUCACCUGCUCUGUCUGCGGCAAGGGAUUCAAUCGCUCCUCCAGCCUGCUGGCCCACCGCACCGUGCACACUGGCGAGCGCCCCUUCACCUGCUCCGAGUGCGGCAAGGGCUUCACCCACUCCUCCAGCCUGCUAGCCCACCAGACCGUCCACACCGGCGAGCGCCCCUUCGUGUGCUCCCAGUGCGGCAAGGGCUUCACCCACUCCUCCAACCUGCUGAAGCACCAGCGCAUCCACCAGGGUAGGAAGUGCCCCACCGACGGAGAGCCUCCCCCUGCCGAUGCCAGUGGCUUCGGGAUGGGGAGCGCGGGAGGGCUAUCGCCGGAUGCCCUGGCCUGCUGGAGGAGGGGAUUAAAACAAAAAAAGAAGCGACGUUAUUGCGGCUGCCCCCACGUUCGCCCGUCAACCGACCUUGCGUGCGUCCCGCUAACUGACGGGAGCCGCCGGCCAAUCGGCAGGGCCGGCUGCGGAGACCUGCAGCCAAUCGGGAGGCUGGUGGGCGUGUUCCCCGCGGCGAUGACCCAGCCCGUCUUCACGCUGCGCUGCCUCAGGAAGGGGAAGCAGUCUGGCCGGGGACGCCUGCCACCCCGGCCGUUCCCUAUUCUCUCCUCUCAGAAGGUAGAGCAGCUGGAAAGUCCAGGACCCCCACUGCGGGCCCGGCGUGAGCGGAGGAUGGGGAGCCCGGAGCGCGCGGAGCUGCCGGAGAGCCAGGAGGACGAGGGAGGAGACCCCAGUGCCGACAAGCUGUACAUCUGCUCGGGCUGCGGGCUGGCCUUCAGGCAGUCGUCGGACCAGGAGAGCCACCGGUGCACCCCGUCCACCCAGCCGCCCUUCCACUACCUCUACCCGGCCGGGCCGGGACUGCCGGACAAGCCGUUCGCCUUCUCCCAGCCUCUCCGCCUCCUGUGCCCGGCCGGGCUGGAGCCUGCCGCAGGCGCUCUACCCCUGCGGUGCCUGCGGCCGCAUCUUCGGACGCUCCUCCACCUGGCCCGCCACCGGCGCAGCCACACCGGCGCCCAGCCCUACCAGUGCGCCGACUGCGGCAAGCGCUUCAACUACCCCUCGGAGCUGGAAACCCACCAGCGGGUCCACACCGGCGAGCGCCCCUUCACCUGCUCCGUCUGCGGCAAGGGCUUCACCCAGUCCUCCAACCUGCUGACCCACCAGCGGGUCCACACCGGUGAGCGCCCCUUCACCUGCGCCCUCUGCGGCAAGGGCUUCACCUGCUCGUCCAAGCUGCUGACCCACCACCGGGUCCACACCGAUGAGCGCCCCUUCUCCUGCCCUGACUGCGGCAAGGGCUUCAAGAGCUCCAAGGAGCUGAUGAUGCACCAGCGCAUCCACACCGGCGAGCGGCCCUUCACCUGCGCCCGCUGUGGCAAGCGCUUCACCCGCUCCUCCGACAUGCUGACCCACCAGCGGGUGCACACGGACCGCCGGCCCUUCGGCUGCCCGCUCUGCGCCAAGCGCUUCAAGAGCGCCAAGGAGCUGACCCAGCACGAGCGGGUGCACACUGACGAGCGGCCCUUCCGCUGCACCCGCUGCGGCAAGCGCUUCAUGUACUCCUCCAACCUGCUGCGGCACCCAGCGCAUCCACACCGCCAGGGGCGAGGCAGAGGGGCAGGGGCUGGCUGGCGAGGGCUGCUGAGCCGGGGCGGAGGGUGGUGGGGGGAGGGUGACGGCCAGAGUAAACGCCACCUCCCGGACACCAGAGGGGUACAAGGAGCCCUGAUCUCCUUCAAUGUCGUGACCACCAUUGGAAAUAUCUGCACUGAAGACCUGAACUCUGGCACAGUAACUCCCGAACACGCCCUAUGCCGGCAAGUGCGCAUGUCGGGGCUGCCGAGCAUGCGCGGAGGCGGCGACGGGCGCGGCCAGCCGACGGGUGAGCGAUGGCGGCGGCGGCGGCGGGCGACCUCCGGGGGAGGCGGCGGGCGGGCUGCGGGGGCGCCGGCUCCAACCUCCGGCCCCCCGGUGAAGGCGGCGGCAGCUCGGGGGCGCGCCGGAGGCCGAGCCCGCGCUCGGGGGCGCGCCGGAGCGCGGCCGCUCAGGGCGCAUGCGCGGCGGCGGGGUGCGGGGCGGUUUCCCGCGCGCGGGCGGUUGUGGCACAAACCAUCCAGUCCAACCAAGUCCCACACCCCACGGGCACGGCGGAGGAGGAGGAGGAGGAGUCCCUCUCCCACCCACCCACCCCCACAGACGCCGCUCGACCUGCUGAGAUCCUCCAGCGGAUCCCCUGCCGCCGAGGAAGAGGAGGAGGCUGCCCUACCGGGGAGAAGACAUCUCGGAGCUUCCACCGAGGGACAGAGAGAGACAGAGACGUCGGGCGAAGGGAAGGAAGGAAGGAGGGAGGGAGGGGAGGAGGGAGGGGACUUCCUUGAGACCAUGGAGGAUGUCGCUCCGCUUCCGGAGAGCGAGGGGAACGGCCGGGAGCCGUUCUCCUGCUCGGUGUGCGGCAAGCGCUUCCGCCGGGCGGCCAACCUGCUGACCCACCGGCGGGUGCACACGGGCGAGCGGCCGUUCCCCUGCCCCGUGUGCGGCAAGCGCUUCGCCCAGUCCUCGCACGUCCUGCGCCACCGGCGCACCCACACCGGCGAGCGCCUCUUCGCCUGCCCGUCCUGCGGCCGGCGCUUCGCCCAGUCCUCACACCUGCUGCGCCACCGACGGGUGCACGCCCCCGCCCCCGGCGCCCACCCCUGCCCCGACUGUGGCCGCCGCUUCGACGGGCCGGCCGAGCUGGUGUCCCACCGGCGGCGCACCCACGCCGGCGAGCGCCCCUUUCCCUGCCUGGUCUGCCAGCGGCGCUUCCCCCGCUCCUACGACCUGCUGGCUCACCGGCGGGUCCACACCGGCGAGCGGCCAUUCCCCUGCCCCGAGUGCGGCAAGCGCUUCGCCCAGUCCUCCUACCUGUCCACCCACCGGCGGGUCCACACCGGCGAGCGCCCCUUCGCCUGCCCCGAGUGCGGCAAGCGCUUCGCCAACUCCUCCAACCUCGCCUCGCACCGGCGCACCCACGGGCAGCGGGGGGACCCUCUCCCUCCCUCCCACGGCCCCUCUCCCUCCCCCCCCCGCCCAGACCGAGGAGCCCGGAGGCGCCGAGCGCCCCUUCGCCUGUUCCGAGUGCGGCUCCACCUUCGCCCGGCUCUCUGACUUGUCCCAACACCGACAUGCCCACCACUGAGGGUCCUCUCCUACCGCCCCUCCCCUCCGUCCCUCCCUUUACGGACACUCUGCCCCCCCCGUCCCUCCCUCUCCCCCUUCCAUCUCCUACCAUUCCCCCCUCCUCCCCUCUCCCCAUCCCCCUCCCUUCUCUCUCUCCCCCCCCCCCCCCAACCCCCUCCCUCCUCCACGCUUCUGGCCUGUCUCCGUUCACGUCCUGCUCUGGUUCCUCCGGAGCCGGGGGAACGGUUUGGGGUGGCCGGCUGAAGCGUCGGCCGGCCCGCCGGGGUGGGAGUGUGGAGCCGGGGUGGGGGGGGGGCGGGGAGCGGUCCGCAGCCGGAGGCCUGAGCCCGCUGCUGUUCUGGUACCGGCGACGGGAUCUGACCGACGUCCUGUCCCGGGGGCGAUGGGCUCCGAGCGGAAUGGACUCCUCUCCCGCCCCCCCCCCCCCGGUGAACACUCUGCGGGGAGGGCGGCCUCGCUCAGCCCUCUGGAGGAACGGCAGACACGCCUCCAGCUGGCCCUCGGAGUGGCGGGUUACCCUGCCAGGUGGAGCCCCACCUCGGCCGCUGUCUGUGGAGUUUGCAAGGUCCACUGCCCAAAAGACAACCAGGCGGGCAGGGAGACCCCCUCCCCUCUCUCACCCACCACCCCUCCCUCUCUUCCGAAGCCGCAGCGCGUCCGGUACGCAUUGGACCUGAAGGAAGCGCGGGUGUCGAUCCGGGUUUUCUGAGCAGAUGGAGCGCUAUGGGUGGGGGUUCGGUGUGGGUGGGGGUUCGGUGUUGGAGCGGAGAUGCAGCUGAGAGGUUUCCGAAUAAUUUGUACCGGUUUCUUCUGUAACUUACCGCCCAGGGGGCAAUA